CGGCCCACCCCGCCUCCCGUGUCAUCUUCCCCUUCUCCUGUUCAACCGACAUGUGCCCGCGCAUUGCCGCCGAGCCCCCUCGCCGGCCACGCCGCUACAGCGCCGCGGGGGGAGAUAAGGAGGCCACUUCGCCUCCCCCUGGGAUAUUUAUCCCCUCUCUCUCUGUGGCCCACGCCUGCUCUAUCUCCCUUUGGCCUCGCCCUCUUCUCCAGAUCCGCCCGCACCCAAGCACCAUCGACGCCAUGGCUCCGUCCACGCGACAACCGGCUGCCCCUCUCCGCCUCUCCGUGUCCAGGAACUUUACCCGCCUCUUCUUCAUCAACGACGAGGAUCAAACGGACCCGGGCGAUGCCACAACUCGCGGAUCGAGCCGAUUCCCUCGUCUGCAUCACCGGCGUUCUUCGACGACUACAUCGCCCCCGCUGCUCCAAAGCUUCCACCGGGCCUACGUGUGCCUCCCCGAUGUUGGAGCCCAGGAGCCAGACGCCACCGUCGACGACGACUCCUACUACACUGGAGGUGCCUACUACUACGUGCAGGCCGGUGAUGACGACCAUGAGUAGUUUAGGAGGAUCCCAG